UGGAGCAACUGGGGCUGUUCGUUACUAUUCAGCAACAAUGAAACCAUCGGCUGCAGCUGCAACCACACCACCUCCUUCUCUAUCCUUAUGUCCUCUGAAUAUCUCAAAGAUCCCAAAAUGGCGGACAUAACAUUCAUUGGAGUUGGCAUAUCUAUAGGUUCUUUGGUUAUAUGUCUUAUUACUGAAGCUCUCGUAUGGAGAAAAAUUAGUACCAACACAACGGCAUUCCUACGUCAUAUUUCUAUCGUUAACAUUGCUGUUUCUCUCCUGAUUGCAAACAUUUGGUUCAUUAUUGGGGCAUCCUUUACAGAUGCAGGGAAGGAAAACCCUCCAGCAUGUGCUGCAGCUACCUUCAUUAUCCAUUUGUUCUACCUUGCCAUGUUCUUCUGGAUGUUAGCCUCAGGCCUUCUGUUGCUUUAUCGCACUGUCUGGGUCUUCGAGGGGGGAUUGUCUAAAGCAUCUAUGCUGGUUAUUGGAUUUGUUUUGGGAUAUGCUGCACCGCUGAUCAUUGCAGUAACAACCAUGGCAGUAACUGCCCCUUCAAAUAAAUACAUAAGAGGAAAUCGUGUCUGUUGGCUCAGCUGGGAUGAUUCCAAAGCUCUGCUGGCAUUUCUGAUUCCUGCACUUCUGAUAGUGGCUAUAAACUUCAUUAUCCUGCUUGUGGUGAUAUACAAAAUGUUGAGAAGAAGAGUAGAGAAGAAUGCAGCUAAAGCAGGAGAGCAGCAUGUUCUGGUGGUAAUUGCCAGGAGUUUGGCUGUGCUCACACCAUUUUUUGGACUGACUUGGAGUUUAGGAGUUGGAACCAUAAUUGCCCCAAAAAACAAAGAGAUUCAUUUUGCUUUUUCAUUACUCAACUCACUGCAGGGCUGCUUCAUUUGGAUGUUUGGAACGCUGCUCGACAAAAAGGUGCGGUCAGAAACCAUAAAAUCACUGAGCUCCAAUGAUAAGGCCACAAGUGCUUGAUGACAUCACUCUGCCUGAAUAGUCCUUGUGUGCAGAGGGACGAUCUCUGCAAUAAAACCGGUUUUUAGCCUUUUAUUUUUUGUCCUACUGCAUUUACAGUUUGAAAGGUAAACAAAUAUACCAGAAGGUAGCAGUAAUAGAAGAUUUGUUUUUUUGA